UUCACUUAGUUUCUAGUAAAAAAAACGUAAAACUGCUCAAUGAGUCAGAGCUGCAAUGACGGAAACAUCGUUUCACUGUCUGACCUUCUUGACCUACUUGCAGGUUUGUCCAACCAUUCAAGCUGCUCUGACUGUGAGUCCCAGCAGAUCUCAGUUCUUUAGAGGAGAAUCAGUGACUCUGAUCUGUGAGGAUGAAAACAGAUCUGAUGGAUGGACUGUGAGGAGAAACACGACCAGAGGAACCAGGAACCGAUGUGGAGAUGGAUGGGGGAAAUUAAAUGGUUCUACCUGCAGCAUCAGUUACCUGUAUCCAUCAGAUACUGGUCUGUACUGGUGUGAGUCCAUGUCUGGAUCCUCCAGCAGCAGCAUCAGCAUCCAGCUCUCUGUCUCUGGUGGAUCAGUGAUCCUGCAGAGUCCUGUCCUCCCUGUGAUGGAGGGAGAUGACGUCACUCUGAGCUGCACAGUAAGGAAAUGGGAUUCAAAUUAUUUUUCUGUUUCAGAGGAACCCUCCAUCCCUUCUACCCAAACUCCCCUUGCUGCCCAGGCCUCCUCCUCUCUUCUUCUCUACGUGUUGUUGCCUCUUGCGUCUCUGUUUGUUCUGAUUAUGUUCGUUUUUCUGGGACGGCGCCUUUGCAACAAGUCAAGAGAUCAGAAAGAACUGAUGAGCGACGGCAGCGAGACCUGCGACCACGUCACAACAUCCGGUCAUCAUGAGGAGAACCAGAGGAGAAAAGACAGAGAUUCAGCUGCAGUCGACUCAACAGUGAGACGCCAAGACAGCAGUUAUGGAGAAAUAUUCAUCAAACAUAUGCAUCACAAGUCAGACACAACAGAGAGCGACUCAGCUGUGAUUUAUUCAGCUGCCAGAACAGACCGAUAAUCAGAGAAAACAGAAACAGAGCCACAUCAUCUCCUCCUCACUGAAAAUCUGCUGAGGUUCUGCUGCAGAAGUUAGAUUCUUCCUCUUGCCUUCAGCAAGCCGUAGAUCUCCGGAGCCAAAUCAUCAUCAUCACCUGAAAUGAUGAAGAAGCGUCUGCUGCACGUCUUCCAGCUCACUGACAAACACAGAGAGGUUUGUCCUGCUGGCUGGAGGCCUGAGAGACACAAUCAUCCCGACGUGGAGAAGAAGAAGAAGAAGAAGAGCAAAGCAGGAAAUCCCAAGAUCUUCUGUCAGCAGAUUGUUCUUGUUCCUGGAUUGGAGGUUUCCCUGUGAAAGACUACAGAUCUGAUCCACUAGAACAAACUGAUCUGCUUCCUCUUCAGGUUUUAUCCUUCUCUGUUCAGGCUGCAGUUGAUGGAAAACCUCUUAGUUUCACUGAAACUAGUUUAGUUUUACUCCUUUUUUGUUUUUCAGAAAAUGAUAUUUUUCCUUUGCUGUCAUUUGCUACCAUCUUUAUUAAAACUGUAGAGAAAAUAAAAAGUUAAGAUUCUUUAUGAGAAACUGAGAAUGUUUCCAGCUGCAGUACCAGAGUCAGCCAGCAGGGCGCGCACCAUGACUCUCCAAUAGUUUCUGUUUGUUUCUGAGCUUUUUAUUAUAAUCUGGCUGAUUGUGGAAGAAUUAAACACAUUAAAUAAAAUAAAGAUAAUACUUUGUUUAUUUCAAUCCCAUCAAGCAGCAGGUUUAUUGAUGGAUUAUUGAUCCUCUGGUUGAUCAGACAUGAUGCCUUUAACUCACUGAUGGUUGAUGGUGAAAACAUGAAGGACUCUUAAAGCUGCAGCUGGAGCUCAGAGGAAACCAACUGGAUCUAAACCAGUCAAAUCCUCCAGUCUGAUCCAGGCAGAGUCACUGGGAGAACUGGAGUCCAGACCCACUGGGACUGGUCAGAUAUCAAUGAUUCAUCAUCAAUUUAUGGGUUUUAUGUAAA